AAUAUUUCAAUUUUCUUGAUUCAAUCAUCCCAAAUCCCAAGAAAACCAAUUCUUGCAACAUUUUGGGACUUACCCAAGUUCUUGAAUUUGAGUUUUUGCUGAACAAAAAAAACAGAGCACAAUUAUGGAUAAACUUUUAACUUCAUUAUUUUCAUCAAUCUUGAUUUUAGGUCUAUUUUAUACUAGUUAUGGUCAGAAUCAAAAUUGCUCAGCUUUUGCAUUCAGAAAUAACCAGAUAUUUGCAACUUGUAAUGCUCUGCCUCUACUAAACUCUGUUCUUCACUGGAGUUACCAUCCAGAUAACCAUACAGUUGAUCUUGCUUACAGACAUGGAGGUGUACCAAAUACAGAUUGGGUAGCUUGGGGUUUAAAUAUUGAUGGAACAAGGAUGGUUGGUUCACAAUGUUUAGUUGCAUUUAGAAAUUCUAGUGGAGAAAUUCAUGCUUAUACUUCCCCUGUUUCUAGUUAUGGAACUCAGUUAGCAGAGGGGGCUUUGAGUUUCAAUGUUCCGAGAAUUGGAGCUGAGUAUUCGAAUAAUGAGUUUAUUAUUUUUGCAACUUUGGAACUUCCUGCUGGAAGGACUAGUUUUAAUCAAGCUUGGCAAAAUGGUGCUGUUUCUGGUCAGGCUUUGACUGCUCAUGUUCAGUCUGGUGAUAAUAUGAGGUCUUUUGGAAGUAUUGAUUUUGCUAAUGGAGAGUUAGGUGGUGGUGGUAGCUCAGUUACUUCUAGACAACGUAGAAGAAAUGUUCAUGGAGUAUUGAAUGCAGUAAGUUGGGGAGUGUUAAUGCCAAUGGGAGCAGUAUUUGCAAGGUACUUGAAGGUUUUCAAAGCAGCGAAUCCAGCGUGGUUUUAUAUACAUGUUGCUUGUCAAACUUCUGCCUAUAUUGUUGGCAUUGCUGGAUGGGGAACUGGUCUCAAACUUGGCAGUGAUUCUACGGGUAUCGAAUUCACUACUCACAGGAACAUUGGCAUCACUCUCUUUUGCCUCGGAACUCUUCAGGUAACCAUCUAAACGGCAUUAACUAUAAAUCUUGAAUUCACUUAUGCAAGCACUUGUACACACAUAAAAAUACCGGUCCCUUAAAUAAAGAGCAACAAAAUAUCCCCCUUUUUGGCUUAAUACAUAGGCACCUCCCUCGUACUUGCCCCAUUUUUUUUCAUUUAGACACCUGAA